CAAUUAUUGAAGAUAUGCUAGGAAGAUCCUUGCUAAAAAAUGGUCAAAGAUCCUUCGGGACGAGAUUUAAGCCGAGACAAACCCAGUUGUUUAUUGACGGUAAAUGGGUAAAUUCAGCCCACGGGGAUACAUUCGAGACUAUCGAUCCGUAUACAGAGCAACCUAUUAUACAAGUACAGAGAGCAUCAGUGGAAGAUGUUGAUAGGGCAGUCUAUUCAGCCAGAAAAGCUUUUGACCAAGGCCCUUGGAGGAAGACAAGUGCUACCGAAAGAGGAGAUCUUCUGAUGAAAUUAUCCGACCUCAUCAUGCAAAAUUGAGAUGAGCUUGCUCAUCUUGAAGCUUUGGACAAUGGAAAACCUGUUACUUUUGCUAAAAUGGGAGACGUUCCUGGUACAGCAAGAACAUUCCAAUAUUUUGGAGGACUAGCCAACAAAAUUGUAGGGGAUACUAUCCAAGCUCCAGGAAACUUCCAUGCUUAUACAAGAAAGGAGCCUGUUGGAGUUGCAGCGCAAAUUAUUCCAUGGAAUUUCCCAUUGGUCAUGCAAGCAUGGAAACUGGCUCCAGCUCUCGCAGCUGGAUGCACAGUUGUAAUGAAGACAGCUGAGCAGACUCCUUUGUCAGCCCUUAGAAUUGGAGAACUUAUCCAGCAGGCUGGGUUUCCUGAUGGAGUAGUCAAUAUCCUUUCAGGAUUUGGGGAAGAUGCAGGAGCAUAUCUAACCACUCAUCCAGAUGUGGAUAAGAUUGCAUUCACAGGAUCCACCGAAGUCGGUCUUGAAAUUAUGAGAAAUAGCUCUAAAACAGGUCUUAAAAGAGUGACACUGGAACUUGGAGGAAAGAGUCCCAAUAUCAUCUGAGAAGAUGCUGAUGUCAGCGAAGCUGUAGCUCAAGCAAACUUUGGGUGAUUUGUAAAUGCAGGACAGAUAUGCUCAGCAGGAACUAGAGUCUUUGUCCAUGAUAAAAUCUAUGAUGAGUUCAUUGAUAAAUCAGUACAGCUUGCUUCUCAAGCUGUACUUGGAGAUUCUCAAGAUCCAAAUACUACUCAAGGCCCAUUAAUAUCAUCUGAGCAGAGAGAAAAAGUAUGGGGAUACAUUGAGAGUGGAAAAGGUCAAGGAGCCUCAAUAAUGACAGGGGCUGACCCUUACGAUGGGCAGGGAUAUUUCAUAAAACCAACUAUCUUUGCUGAUGUUCAUGAUGAAAUGACCAUUGCAAAGGAAGAAAUAUUUGGCCCAGUCAUGCAAGUCCUUAAAUUCUCUGAUUAUGAUGAAGUUAUUUCUAGAGCAAAUAAUACUGAUUAUGGACUUGCUGCAGGAAUUAUGACAAAUGAUAUAGGAAGAGCCUUCUAUCUUGUCAAUAGUCUCAGAGCUGGAACUGUGUUUGUGAAUAACUACAGACUUGGAUUUGACAUAUAGUUUUGUGGAACAGUGUAUAAUCAAAUCGAUGCAACUCGCCCAUUCGGAGGAUUUAAGAAUUCAGGCAUUGGUAGAGAGAUGGGAAUCCAAGGAUGUGAUCCUUAUCUUGAGACCAAAACUGUGAUUAUGUC